UUUUAUGCCAUACACAAAACGACAACGUCAAGCUGUCUCCCUCCGCUGCCCAGAAAAAAUCUUCUAUUCAUCUGCCCCUGUUUUCACCAAUGGGAAAGUUCAAUUUCAACACUUUCUUUUUUUCUUGUCCUCCUGUUUGGCGGUUGGAAUUUUCUUUGCCACCUAUAACAAAUUCCAAGUUUGAUUUUUGAUUUUGUCAUUCCUACGAGUUGUGAAUCUCAUCUCGCAGUUUUAACACCGUCGCGAGAAAAUGGCAGUGAGUUUGCCUUAUACGUUGUUUGCAAUCUCAGCUUCUUCUUCUUCUUCUUAUUCUUCUUCUUCUUUUUCUUCUUCGUCUCUCAAACCUUGGAGAUACAAUCUCAAUUCCGUUUCUUCCACCUUCUCGCUUAACCCUUUUCCUUCCACUACGCUUUCUUCUGCUCGUCCAUGGGUUUCUUCUAGGAAAUUGUAUAGAGUCCGUGCAACUGUUCUGAAAGAUAAUGAGGAUAAGGUGGCAGUGGAGGAAUCCUUUCAGCCCAAGACUCUAACUGAAGAAGAAUUAAAACGAAAGGGUGGGGAGCCAUUGGAGACUUCGUCUUCGAGUGCAUUGGAGAGAUGGGUCAUAAAGUUUGAACAGUCCAUUAACAUAUUUCUUACGGAUUCGGUGAUUAAGGUACUCGACACCUUGUAUCAUGACAGAAAUUAUGCGAGGUUUUUUGUACUGGAAACCAUCGCAAGGGUUCCUUACUUUGCAUUUAUGUCUGUUCUACACAUGUAUGAGAGUUUUGGUUGGUGGAGAAGGGCAGAUUAUUUAAAAGUGCAUUUUGCAGAGAGCUGGAAUGAGAUGCACCACUUACUUAUCAUGGAAGAAUUAGGAGGAAAUUCGAGGUGGUUUGAUCGCUUUCUUGCUCAACAUAUAGCAAUCUUUUAUUACAUUAUGACAGUCUUUAUGUAUGCAAUCAGCCCAAGGAUGGCAUAUCACUUUUCUGAAUGUGUAGAGAGCCAUGCUUUUUCAACCUAUGACAAAUUUAUCAAGGCACAAGGAGAGGAGUUGAAAAAAUUGCCUGCACCUGAGAUUGCUGUUAAAUACUAUACUGGUGAUGAUUUGUACUUAUUUGAUGAAUUUCAAACAGCCAGACCUCCUAAUUCUCGAAGGCCAAAAAUAGAGAAUCUGUUCGAUGUCUUUAUGAACAUCAGAGAUGAUGAAGCUGAACAUUGCAAGACAAUGAGGGCCUGUCAGACUCAUGGCAACCUCCGGUCACCUCAUUCGUAUCCAGAAGAUGAUUUUGGAGAUGAGCCUGUGUGUGUCCUUCCUGAAGCAGAUUGUGAAGGAAUUGUAGACUGUAUAAAAAAAUCUGUUGCAACUCCAACAAAGCAAAAGUAAUUCAAUAGUAGCCAGAACUCAUCCAUAGUGAACGACAAAUUGUAUACAUAGAAACGAUAUAGAAUCAAUAAAUGGCAUUGAUUGUUUA